GUUUAGAUUGCCAAUAUGGGAGCAGAGCCGAUUCUACCUAAAUGAUACGUCUCGUCCAGGAUCACGAAACUUUGAAAAACUCGACGGUAGCUGCGCAUCGCAAUCAUGUCCUCCAUGCGUUUGAGUACGCGAUGCCCCUGAAGGCCUGAACAGUCAGGAACCCCUCACGAACCACUCGCCUCCCCUUCACAAACCUGUCCCAGGGCGAGAUGGCUGUACGCGCAUUCGCCGUCCUCGCGCUAGCCGCUAUCCUGGUCUCUACACCAACCGCCGCGGAGGAGAUGAAAACCUGCGGCUCCGCAAGCUACUUCCCGUUGGAAUACACCUGCUACAACAACAGCGCACUAUGUCCCAUCUCAUUCACCCGGCCGAGCGUGUCGUGCGGCGCAGCGGGCUGCUAUGCCCCCGAGCAAUUCUCCUGCGAGGACGGAACCACCCUCAAAACCCUCCCAGACGCGACAAGCCCCUUCACCCUGACAGCGUUCGGCAACCGGCCGGGGUUCGGCAACAUGACGGUCAAGGCCUGCGGCAACUACCUCGCCAUUGGCGCCAACGCGCGGGAGUGCGCCGCGUGCUCCUCGUCCGCCGCGGCGAGGCCGGGAGUAAGUAUCCGGUGCAGUGAGUACGGGAAUCGGACGGUGCUGCUUCCCGGCGGGCAGAUGGCUGUUGAUGUUCCGGGCCAUCAGUAUUGGUACGUGAAUCCGAGGGACGGGGUAUUACAGUUUACCGAAGCACUGCCGUCGAAUUCUUCGUUGAAUGCGACCUCGCCUGGCACGGAAUUUGCAGGACAGAACGUCAAAGUGUAUGAGAACGGCUUCUUCAUGUACGACCGCGACAAUCUGCCUCAUUUCUGGCUCGCCUGCUUGCGCACCUUGCCUGGAGGAGCCAUCGGAACUGGCAGGACGUGGCGGAUUUAUGCACCGAUCUCCAUGAAUAUUGGCAGAGGGGAUUGCGAGCAGAUCAAACUGGUGGCAACGGCAACAGAUCGCAAAAGGGGCGCUUACAGGUACGAUUAGACUUGGAGUCGUGGGCUGGGAGGAAAAGACCUGGCGUAGACAUAGAUAAGAG